CCUCCCCCCCAGUCCCCCUCCCAAUCCUCAAGGGCCAUCCCUUCGGAUCCACCACCACCCAUCCCCUCUCCACCCCCCGCAAGGCUUUCUGUGUUAUACCGACUUACUCACAUACCACUUACCAUUCACCAUUCACCUGUCGCCCUGUCCCUCUCUUCAAACAUAAAAAAAAAAACUUCGGAUCGUCCCUCUCGAUCUAUCAAUUAUCCACUCACCUUCCUUCUGCCCUGUACUGCAUAACCCAACCUACUGUUGUGCCACCACCCCGAACAGCUUUCUCGGGAAAGGAGUACCUAGCUUAAAGACUCCCAACGCCUACGUUUAUAUAACACCCACCCCAACCUCCCCGGUUCAUGUCCGUUGCCCAAACAGACUCUCCAGAUAUCUUGUCCUGAUCCAACUGCUGUCGUCGCAAUGGCAUACAACGGCAUUGCCAACACUUACGAAUUCGAGAAUGGCCGACGGUACCAUGGCUAUCGCGGCGGCGCAUACAUGUACCCCAACGACGAGAGGGAGCAAGACAGACUCGACAUCUUUCACAAAAUCUUCCUGGUCGCACGACACGAGGAACUCCACCGGGCGCCCAUAACACCCAACAACUAUGGGCCAACCAGAAUACUGGAUCUCGGUACGGGUACGGGGAUUUGGGCGAUCGGAAUGGCAGACACGUACCGCGACGCAGAGGUUAUCGGAACAGACCUCUCUCUCAUCCAACCGAAAUGGAUCCCCCGAAACCUUCGAUUCCAAGUUGCCGACUUCGAAAGCGAAUGGACGCUCGGCAAGAGUUCUUUCGAUCUCAUCCACCUGAGGAAUGGCGCCGGCAGUGUGUCGAGUUGGCCGACUCUGUUUUCUCGAGUAUUUCAACACCUGAAGCCUGGAUAUGGUUGGUUCGAAUAUGUCGACAUCGAUAUGGAGGCACGGUCGGACGAUGGGACUUUGACGCGCCACCACGCGUUAUCCCGGUGGCAGCAGUACGUGAUGGACGCCACGGCUGCGGCCGGAAAGCCAAUGGCAUACGAGCACCGAACAGGGCAGCUGCUGCGCGAUGCUGGAUUCACCGACAUUCAAGAAGUUGUCUACCAGCUGCCCUUAAGUCCAUGGCCCGCAGAGACCCACCUCAAAGACUGCGGACGGUGGUACAACCUGGGCAUGAGCGAGGGGCUCGAGGCUUUCUCAUUGGGCCCAUUAUGCAGAGUCUUGAAAUGGCCCCAGGACGAAGUCAGGAACUUCCUCAAAGAUGUGCAGAAGGACAUCAAUUCGAAGCAGAUCCAUGCAUACAGCAACAUACACAUCUGGAUUGCCCGAAGACCAGCCUCAAUGUCCCCUCCUCCUCCGCCACCACCACAUCACUAAAACAACGAUAGAGGAUCAACAACUUUUCUCACAUAAAAUUUUUCGAUUUCCUUGGGAAGCAGCGGUAGCAGCAGCGGUGCCCUGUUUAGAUUAUGGAGUUUGUUAUUUUUUGUUAUUCGAUGCGCGACCUACCACUUCUUUACGACGAGUGUCCUCAUCACCGCCACCACCACCACCAACGGUGGGCCCGCUCGCUCGCUCGCUAACCAUCUCCAAGAUGGAAUCUUGGUUUCUUUUUGACUUCUCCGAAUGGUUUAUUGGGUGGUGGGGGUGAGAAACGACAGUUACGGAUUUUUACAGCUCGUUGCAUUUUGCGGCUUUGCCUUUUUUUCCCCCUUUCUCUUUCGGAAUGGAUGCAUUGAUGACGAGUUUCUACCUGCAUUUUUUUAUACCCCAUUAUUACUUCUCUCACGCAGCAUUCCCCCACC